GUAGACAAUCCACCAUAAUUUACGAAGGGAAACAUGUUGGAAACUUUUGGAAUAGUGCAUCCUCAGUGCAUCCUCAGGUACACUUGUUUUGAUUAAUAAAGUCACAAAUCAAGCGGUUUGGUUUUGCAAUUUAACUGAUCAGUUUGUGAUUUUUUUUUGAAAUAGUGCAUCCUCAGGUUUUGAACAACUUUGACAUCACUGAUCCAUGUUAUCUCGUGGAGAUCAACAUGCUCUCCUUUAGAAAGAUUCGAUAUCUGUAUCUGUUCUCAACUGCUGUUACAGUUUUUAUCGAUUUUGUGUGUUUUGAGGAGAAAAGAGAGGAUUAUUCCUACAAACUGUUUUUAAACAUGGCUAUUCUUUUCGUAUUUUAUUGAUUGAGAAAAUGUUGAAAUGUUUCGAGAGAUACUAUACUGUAUGCAACUUUCCAUGCACACUACUGACCGAUGGAAAAAGGUAACACGUAAGUUCAUCGUAUAUUGUUUGGAGAAACAGUGGAAAAGAGAAGAUGAGCUUUGUCCACGCAUUACACACCCACAAGUGGAGGUUUGGUGAGUGUGGCGGCUAUAAGUGAAAGAUAAUUGGAGAGGAUCCAAAAUCGCAGAAGCUGCUUUUCUUCUUAUUCCAAAAGCAAAACAAGAAUGGAAAUGGUGAUUAGCUUUCUGUAUCCACCGCCUCCGUCGAUAUUGCUCACUACUAUGACCGUCGUUAGUUUAGCCGCUCUGCCGUUUAUGGUUUGGUCGGAAAUGAGAGGAAAUAAUCUGAAAUACUCAAAAUUCAACAACAACAACAACGGAUCAUCAUCAUCAUCAUCACAAAAACAGCGAUUGGGCAGCAGCAUCUCGAGCAGAACCGGGAUGCUUUGUCUAUAUACACCAGCGUUUCUAGCCGCUUCAGCUUCUUUCUUUCUCUCACCUUCUGUAGAUCUCAGGCUCCUUCUUCUCAAAUCCGCACUGUCCCUCCAUUUCUUCAAAAGGGUCUUGGAGGUUAUGUUCAUUCAUAAGUACAGUGGAGGGAUGUCCCUAGACGUAGCUUUCACCAUAUCAAGCGGCUAUUUCUCAUCCACGGCGUUGGUGUUAUACAGCCAAAGCUUCACUCUGGGACUACCCCAGCCAGGUUUGGAUCUGAAAUUCUCCGGAGUUGUCAUGUUUAUGGUGGGGAUUGUUGGGAAUCUCUAUCACCAUGUUCUGCUAGCUAAGCUGAGGACAGAAGGUGAAGGUGGUGGGAAGAAAGAGUACAAGAUACCAAAAGGUGGUUUGUUCGAUACAGUUAUAUGCCCUCAUUACAUGUUCGAGGUCCUUGUGUUUUGGGGAUUCUUUAUGAUUUCUCAGACUAUUUACUCCCUUUCUUGGGCUAUGGGAACUACUUUCUAUCUUAUGGGUCGGAGCUAUGCUACAAGAAGAUGGUAUCUUUCUAAGUUUGAUGACUUCCCCAAGCAUACCAAGGCGCUCAUUCCCUUUGUUUUCUAGAGAGAUACUUCUACUGGCAUGUGCCAAAUCUUGUUUUUGUUUCUUUACUGGUUUUGUUACAUUACUGGGGAAAUAACAGAACUGCGAUUUAUGGCACUAAUAAUGUUUUGUAUAACUUUGAAAAUGUAUCUUUGACAUGUUUUAGUUUUUAAUAAUUUUAAGUUACCAUAAA